CGUCUGGUCCGGCGGCUUCCGGGUGUUCGGCUGCGGCCAUUUUGGGCUUCGCUUCCCUUCGCCGCCCGCCACCCAGCCCUUCCGCUCUCCCGUUUCGCGCCUGGGUGCGGACCGCGGCCUCCGGAGACGCCGCCGCCGCCGCCGCCGCGGGAGGGACCCGGUCUAGGGUGGAGGAGCGGUGCCGCACGGACUAGGACGGACGUCUCCUUCCCCGGCGGGAUGGACGGGACUGCGGCCGCCACCGCCUGCGUGGGCCGCCAAGCCGUGCGGUGCAGCGCCCGCGGCGGAAGCCGCCGCCCCCGGGGCCCCCUCUGCCGGCGCGGGGAUCGGCCUGCCGUACCGACUCGGUGGCUGGGCACGGCUGAGGCUGUGUAGGCCUCGGAUCCCGGCCGCCCUGACGCCGCCGAGCUCCGCGCUUGUGGCCUGAAGCCACUGCCGAGGAGAGGAGAUGGAGCUGGGAACGCUCGGGCCUCGGAAGCGGCCGGCCCCUCGGAUGGGCUCCUGGUUCCGGCUGCCCUUCUUCCUUCGGCGAUGGCACGCCCGCUCUUCCGAGUUCCCGAUGCCUCCCUCUCGGGAAAACUCCGGGGACCCCGCAGUGCCGGCCUCCGCCCGGCCCGAGCCUCGCACCAGGUACUGGACCAGAUUGCUUUCCCAGCUCUUUGCCCUGCUGCCUUGCUUGCUCCAGAAGCUGUUUCUUUGGAGCCAGCUUUUCGGGGGCAUGAUCCCCGCGAGAUGGCUAGAUUUCGUAGCGGGUUACAGCGCCCUGCGAGCCUUGCGAGGACGGGAGGAGCCCGCCACUUCCGCGGUGCAGAAAUCUUUGGGUUCACUGCGGCUGGACUCUUCGGAAGACUUGGUUGUCAGCCCCCUUGAUUGGCUAGAGGAGGGACUCCAAUGGCAGUACUCGUCCUCAGACCUGGAGGUGAAAUUUAAAGCCCAGGAGAGAGCUGUGGACUCCGCAGCGUACACCUUUCUCCUGGAGCAGCAGCUGUGGGGAGUGGAGUUGCUGCACAGGAGUCUUCAAGCCGGUCUGGUCUCCCACCGAGAACUUGGCCCUGCACCCUCUGGGCCUCGCCACGCUCAGAGCGUAGGUAGUUUCAAGGUAGUGUCCUAUCUCCUGAACCCUUCCUAUCUGGACGGCCUGCCCCAGCUAGAGCUGUGCCAGCAGGACGGCGUUGGCGCUGGCCAGCUCGUGGAUUUCCGAACACUAACCCCCGAGAGCUGUUGCCUCUUUGAAGAUGCUUGUCACCCCCAGCCGCUGCGUGCCGAGAUCUCGGCGACCGCGUGGCAGAGGUGCCCCCCUCUUUCUACAGAAGGCCUGCCGGAAAUCCACCACCUCCGUACGAAACGCCUAGAAUUCCUUCAGGCUAACCACAAGGGGCAAGAGUUACCCACCCCUGACCAAGAUAAUGGCUACCACAGCCUGGAGGAGGAACAUAGCCUUCUCCGGAUGGACCCACCACACUGUACAGAUAGCCCAGCACACGCGGUGUCCCCUCCUGGAGCCAGCCCGGAGCCCACUGAGAAAAAGAUAGACUUGUUGAUGCAAGAAGUUUCACAAAGCCCCCAGGGAAGCAAUCCGACUUGCGAGUUACCUGUGGAAAAAGAAGGUGAAGGGGGCCACACUAGUGUAGUCGACUGCUCAGACGUAGAGGAUGGCCUUCCUGUUUCUGGCAGACCAGUUUGUAGCAACAAACUGAUCGAUUAUAUUUUGGGAGGUGCCUCCAGUGACUUAGAAAGCAGCUCCGACUCGGAAAGUGAGGAUUGGGACGAGGAUCCCGAGGAUGAUGGUUUUGAUAGUGAUGGCUCUCUGUCCGAAUCAGAGGAGGGACAGGACUCUGACGGGCUUCACCUUUGGAACUCCUUCUGCAGUGUAGAUCCUUACAAUCCCCAGAACUUUACAGCCACAGUUCAGACUGCUGCCAGACUUGUCCCUGGAGAGCCGUGUGAUUCUGGGAAGUCCUUGUCUGGCAACUCGGAUGUAGGAAGUGCUUGGGCCGGGCACCUUCCUGAGACCCCCGAGCAUAGUUCUGGGGAGGAAGAGGACUGGGAAUCCAGUGCAGAUGAGGCGGAGAAUCUUAGGUUGUGGAACUCUUUCUGCAAAUCUGAGGACCCCUACAACCUUUUAAAUUUUAAGGCUCCUUUUCAAACAUCAGGGAACAACUGGAAAGGUUGUCAGGACUCAAAAGCAUCGUCUGAGGCCAUGGUGGCCUUUUCUGGGGGUCAUAACUUACUUUCUUGUAAGGUACAACUGUUAGAAAGCCAAGAAGAUAAUUGUCCAGACUAUGGGCUGGGUGAGGCUCUUUCUGGAGAAAAAUACACCCAUAUCAAAAGAAAAAAGGUAACCUUCCUUGAAGAAGUUACCGAGUAUUACAUAAGUGGGGAUGAGGAUCGCAAAGGACCAUGGGAAGAAUUUGCAAGGGAUGGAUGCAGGUUCCAGAAACGGAUUCAAGAAACAGAAGAUGCCAUUGGCUACUGCUUGACAUUUGAGCACAGAGAAAGAAUGUUCAGUAGACUCCAGGAACAUGUUUCAGAAGACUUCCUAUUGUUCAGCAAUGUUAGGAUGAGUGAACAGCCUGUGGCCCUGGCCCACACUUUCUCUUGCUUGAGAGGUUUCUCUUAAAAACAGAUAUUGGCAGCUGUCCUUGGACAUGUUUUUAAAGAAACAACUUGUAUCUAGUGAUGUGGUUAAAUUGUUUUUGGGUAAUGUAUCUCAUUAGAAACACCAACUCCGAUAAUGAAGGAUCUCUAAUCUUUAAUCUUCUCUUUUCCUGUUUGGUUGGAUGUGGUUUUUGUGACAGAGUCUUACUACAUAAUUCUGGUUGGCCUAGGUCUGUGUGUAGACCAGGCUGGCCUUGAAAUUGGUAUCUUCUUGCCUCUUUCUUGUGCCGCUGUGCCCAGCUGGAAGUGAUUUUAAAUAUCCUCCGCUUAAUUGAGGUGAAAAGGGACCCUCUGAGUCAUUACUUUGCACUUUGAAAACUUACGGAGGCAGGGGGCAGCCGGGCCACAUAGUGUGGGCUCUGGGCCAGUCGGGGCUGCAAGCUGAGACCAGGUCUUAAAGGGCAAAAAUAAGAAAAGGGUUUUCUUGGUUUUCAAGACAGGGUUUCUCUGUGUAGUCCUGGCUGUCCUAGAACUUGCUCUGUAGACCAGGCUGGCCUCGGACUCCUAGAGAUGCUCCUGCUUCUGCCUCCCAUCCUGAAUACUGGGGUUAAAGACAUGCCUCACCAUGCCUGGCACAAAAAAGUUUCUUUCCAGGCCUGUAAUUCCAGUUACUUUGGAGACUGAGGCAGGAGGAUAGAAAAUUCAAGGUCUGCCUGGGCCACAUAGUGAAUUCAGGGCCAGCGUGGGUAGUUUAGCAAUACCUUAUCUUAAAAGGAAAGUGGGAAAGGAGACUAGGAGUACAGUUGAGUAGCAAAGGGCACCUGCCUGUGUGUGCAAAGCUUUGGGUUCAGUUCCCACUACUGCAAAAGGAAAAGCAUUUUCCUGGAAAACUAUUAAGGUGUAAGCCUCAUAUUCAGUUCUAUUUUUUUUUUUUUUUUUUUGGUUUUUUCGAGACAGGGUUUCUCUGUGUAGCUUUGCGCCUUUCCUGGGACUCACUUGGUAGCCCAGGCUGGCCUCGAACUCACAGAGAUCCGCCUGGCUCUGCCUCCCGAGUGCUGGGAUUAAAGGCGUGCGCCACCACCGCCCGGCCUCAGUUCUAAUUUAAAUUAUGCACACUUAUCUAAAAACUUUGGGUUCUGGAGUGUUGAGCUUUGCUUGCUUACACAUAUAUGUGUAUAUAUGUACAUACGUGUAUAUAUGUACACACACAUAUAUUUUUUCCCACUUUCAUAGAUUUGACCUAUUUAAGGCUAAAACCUAUUGUACAUGUUACCAACUUAAAAGACAUUGUUAUAUCACUUAAAAACAUGGUGGAUUCUCUCGCUCCGCCCUCUUUUUUUUUUUAAUUUUUCUUUUCUUUUUUUGAAGAAUUGGUCUUGUGUGGUCUAGGCUAGCCUUGAACUCACUACUUAGCUAAGGAUGACUUUGAAAGAUCCUCUUGUUCUCUUGCUAGGAUUGCACACGUGUGUGCCACACAUCCAGAUGGUUUUCUCUAUCUAGGUCUAUUUAAGAUACUUCUAAGGACCACCACGCACCCCAGGUGCAGUACUUUCUUGACUGGGAAAGCAGUGUUGGUGUGCUUUUUAAAGACAGACACUGUGAUGCCCAGCUGGUCUGCCAAACUUCGACAUGUAGCAUAUUUGAUUUCUUUGCACGCUGUCCAUCUGGAAGGUUUCUGUGUUGUAUUCCAGUUGAAUGUGGCUCUUCAUUCAGCUUUCAGUGGGUGGAAAUGUAAAGCACUCUAGGACGUAGUCAUUGCAUUAUAGAUAUUCAGUCUUUAAACUUCAAAGUCUAGAGUUUUCCUAAGAGGAGUAUGCAGACAUCUCUGAAAUUCAGUUUUGUUUUAUGUACUCCAACAGAAAGCCAGUGUUACUUAUUCCCUGCCUCGGCACUGUCACUUUUAAAACCUGUCAUGGUGACACUGUAAACUUGGAUUGAGCAGUUCUGAAUUGUUAAAUACAGACUUCAGUGUCCAGGUUUAUUGUGUUCUAUUUUAUAGAGGAGCAGUGGUGUGAGGUCUGUUCUUUGAGGAAAGCAUAGAGUAUAGCUAGAACAGCCAGAAAGUCUUAGUGUCUUCCCCAAAGCUUGCUUUUGAUUAGUAUGUCUGCAUUGAUUAAGAUGCCUGCAUCAAUUAGUAUGCCUGGUUUAUUCAGUUAGCUUUAUUUGCUGUGUGUAUGCUAGGUUGAGGUAUGUUUAACCACCUCUUUAGUGGUCAGUUCUUCCCGUGUGCCUCAUGCCAUGGGUAGUGGGAACACAGACAAAAAAGAGGGCCUCUAAAGUGGUCAUGGGGAUGAAUUUUCCCAGAAGAGCUUGCAGCAUAACUACCUCAGCUUAUGAUCUCCCUGGUUAUUUCCGUUUGGUGUGCUCUAAGUCUGCCUCCAGUGGUGACAAUGUUCAUUCACACACACUAAGAAUGCAGAACCCUCAUUCUGUGUAUUUUGUGCACCUGCAUUUAGUGAACCCCAGAGUGUAUUGCAGUCUGGAAUAGUGCUGUGGAAACAGGCUAGUUAGGAGCAGUGUCAUUUGGGAAGCAAGCAUGUUGACUUAGGAAAACUGUGACAACAUUCUUUUAAAACCAGACUGCAGCUUAGCAUUUGAUUCAGACAUUUAGGUGUUUUGUGUUCCUGAGACCCAGGAAUGGGGCAUCUGUACAUUUAUUGGGUGUUUGAAAUUUGUUCCAGAUUCCACCUUCACUAUCUAAUGAGUAAAUACUCUGGUACACUGCCUGCCUACAGACAGGGUCAGAUGGUGGCAAGGACCAAAGGAUGCUAACAGCUUGACUGAAGGAGAAGAACCGGGUUACUGUCCUUGUCAUCCCAGGCCCAGAUGUUACGGCCUCUCCCUCCCAAGGAAAGAGAACAACCUCCAAGGCAAGGCAGGGCCUGGAGGUUUUAGCAGAAUAUUUUACACAUUCAAGUCUUGCAAUGGUGCUUUAAAGAUCUGUGUAGCAUGUGAGAAGCUCUGUACAGAUGGGGGGCCCCAUUUCUGAGUUCUGAAGUGUGGAAGCCCUUCAUCUGUGACUUGAAAUCAGAACUAUCAGAUUUUAUUUUUUAUAAUUUAAGGAAGGUGAAGUUUGGGAACAAGAUUUGAAUGGGCUUCUUCAGAUCAGUGAUUUUAAAAUUUAAAUGUAACUAGUGGAGAUUUUAUAGCUCAGAUUAUAUUUGUAUAUAAUUAUUAACUAAUCUGUAAAUUGUAAUAAAUAUAUUUGCAAUUAUUAAA